AUGCCAGACUCCGCAACCCUACAUCAAUAUACUCGCCACUCAGCCCACCCCGAUGUCAACAGCCACCUGAUUACUCUGAAGGGUUACGAUGUUUGUCUUCAGCUCAAAGUCCCCGACUACAAUAUCAAGUCGGAUGGUGUCGAGCUUAACUUAGAGAAGCGCAAGAACCAGGAAACAAAACACCUCUUCAAAACCCUGCGCGCACACUUGGACUUUCACCUCUCGGCUUUCCAAAGAGCAGACAAUCAUGAUGGCUCCCCGAUACAACAAAGCAUCGCAAGCGUCAAUACCAUCAGCCUUUUCUUUCCGGAGAUUCGCCAAGAGAAUAUCAGGAUCUGCAUGGCGGCGUGGCUGGAGACGUUGUGUACGGUUGAUGACCAACUCGAGGAUAUGAGUUUAGAAGACGCAGGGAAGGCGAUUGAGGAGGCGAUUGCGGUGUUGAAAGAUGAACCCAUCCACACCUCCAAACACCCCCCAAUCACGCAAACAAUCACCAAGUUCAAAACCCACUGCAUGACGCACCACAACCGCUCCCUCUUAACCGGCUUCUUCUCAGAACUAUGCACCGUAUUCACAGGCCUCUUGCAAGAAAUCCAUCUCAAGAACGGAUCCCUCCCUCAAACCCUCGACACCUACCUCGCCAUCCGCCGCAAGACAAUAGGUCUGAAACCCGCCUUCGCGCUAAUACGAAGCGCCUACAACCAGCCCUACCCGCCCAGCAAAGAAACCACGCAGUUACAAAAUGACAUCGCCAUCGUCGCAGGGCUACAGAACGACUUGAUCGGGCUGGAGAAGGAUAUACGCACCGGGGAGGCCGUGAACGCGGUGGUGUUUCUACUGGGCGGGAUGGAGAUGAAGAAGAGCGGGAAGUGGGCGGUGGGGAACGAAGGUUUGAGAGCUGCGACGGGGGAGGUUUGCCGUUUGCAUAAUCUGUUUCUGGAGAGGGUUUUGAAGAGGGUUGAGAGGUUGGAGGCGAGGGCGAGGGUGGUGCCGGGAAUGGAGAUGGAAGCUGCGUUGGCGAGUUUGGAGGCGUCAUUGAUGCAGACACAUUUUGAGUGGUGUACAAGUGCGAAGAGGUACCAGGCUAAGGCAGUUUAA